AUGUCCAACCCAGCAUUUGGUGUCCCCCAAAUCGUCCAACCGCCCGCUACCUCUGUUUCCACCAUCACCGCCACCACCACAGCAACACCAACAGGAGGGACUCAGAACGCCACCACAAACAACACCACUACUGGAAGGAAAACAAAUGCCAAAGAGCCUGGAUCCCCCCUGAAACCAGUCUGCCUGCCAGCUGGAAGGUAUGAGUUUCGAGACAAUGGGAUCUACAUUGGUGAGUGGUUGGACGAAAAGGCAGUGGGUUUGGGUCUGAUAACAAAGGACAAAUCGCAAGGCGAAUAUACCGGUCUGUGGGAGGCGGGAUCGGAGAAGUCGGGCGUUUUUCUCUGGCCCAAUGCGCCCGGAGCGAUGUACGAGGGAGAGUGGGCGAUGAAUAGACGGAAUGGAUUUGGUGUGUUCAAUCGAGAGGACUGGGUGAUAAUGGGCAAGUUUGAGGACGAUUUCAUCACCAUGGGAGUGAAGGGGAAAGACAAUGCACCAGGGAAGUUUGAGGGCCGAUUCGAGAAUGGAUUUCCCGCUUUUGGUGUUGAGACUUAUGGAGAUAAAGGUACCUACUGUGGCGAUUACAAGAAUGGCAUCCGUGAGGGUCUGGGUGUGCGUCGCUCGAUAACCUACGGCGAGGUUCUGGAGCUCUACCCGGAGAUCAAGAAAGCCUCCAAUUCCAGUAAAUUGGAGGAUCUUCGCAAACGCGGAAAAUUGCCCUCUCCAUUGAAAAUCAAUCUGGAUCGUCGCAUGUCUUUCGAUCAGGGCUCCAUCGAUGUGCCCUGUGAAGCAGUUUGGAGCAGUGAGAAUAAUUCAGACGGUGUUGACGGGGUAAUGGAUGGAGAAGAGUGCGAUCCAGAGCCCUAUACAGCGCCUCGUGAUACCACAUCCUAUUUGGAGUGUGCAAUGGGGCAUCGACAUCAGAAUGCCACCUACAGACUGAUGGUGGCACAGCGUUGUGGAUUUAUGUUGUCGUCGAAACGAUCUGAGCUGUUCAUAAAGCGCUUAAACAAGUUAAAGCACCCACGGAUCAACCCCUUUGGUUGUACAACACCCGAGGCACCAGAACGAAAGCGAACCCAAUCGCUCUCGAUGCUGUUCACCUAUCCCGAGGAGACAAUGCCAACCCUCCCAAAGAGUUAUGUACGACAAAUGAAGGACUUGUAUAAUUCCUCCAAUUCCCUACCUAAAAUUAUCCCCGCGGAAAAUGACACGCUGGAAUUGGAUCUCAUAGCCGAUGACACUGUGGAAGUGUAUUCAGGCGAAUGGUUCUCCGACGCGCGUCAUGGAUACGGUGUCUGUGAACGCACCGAUGGUCUGGCCUACUAUGGUCAGUGGUUCAAGAAUCAGCGCCACGGCUUUGGUCAUACGCGAUUUCCUGAUGGGACUUUUGAACAGGGCAAGUAUCACAACGGAAAGUUAGUGUACCUCGCCCUGCCGGCGGGCAACAAGCCCCACAUGGUGCUCUACAAUCGACAUGUCAUGCAGGAAGUGCAAAAAAUGGUGCAUAGAGCAAUGUUGGCUGGGGAACAGGCACAGAAGAAGGCUAUUGAAGCGAGGGAACAAGUCAGUAUGAAGGUGUUGGACUACAUUGAGAAGGCCAAAGCUGCCGCCAGUUGCGCUCGGGAGUAUUCUCUGGAGGCGCGGGAACUGGUGCGCGAGAUGUAUCCCGACUUCGAGCAGCCGGGCAUCAAAUACCUCGAAGACAUAGUUCGAAUGAUGCGGGUUACACGACAGGGCAGUCCCACCUUCGAGGCGGCCCUCCAGUCAGCCAAAGAUGUUGUGGCAGGGAUUGUUCGCGGUUUGACGCGAGGGGGAGGCGAAGAAGAUGAGGAAGAGGAGGCAACUAAUCAACCCGAAGAGGAUCUAACUUUGCCACCCAAAUUUUCAUCCCAACUUCGUGAAUUGCAGGAAAAGAAGUUGCUUAUGUCGAGAGCAGGUUCGGUACGAGCUCAGAGACGUGCGAGAGCUUUGAAACUGGCUGAGGAGCUGCGACGCAGAGAGCGUCUACUAAUGGGCGAAGAUCCCAAAUCUGUGAUGGCUGCUACCACCGCAGAAGCACAGCGUCAACAACAACAACCUCAACAACAAACAGACGAAGCAAAAAAGCGCGCCGCCACUGCCACUGCCACCUCCCAACUGUCGACUUCGGGGGCGGAGCGGAGAGCGACAGCAGAGCGCAGCAUUGGCACGGAGAGGGCAGAUCGAUGGACGACGGAAAUGUUGCCAAUGUCCGGACGGAGGCAGCAGAGUGCGCCACUAAAUGCCAGUGGAAAAGCCGACACCGCACCAGGAGCGUUUCUGCAUGUUCCAGGCGUGAAGCGCAACUACACAACGAGACGGAGAAAGGAGGAUGCGGGUAUGGAAGAGACCGAUGGAUCGUACGUCGAGAUUCCUGAUAUGAAUGAACUGGAACACCAAUAUGAAAUUCCUGCCUGUCCACUCACCAAACUGCUAGCCAAUCCGACGUUAUUUAGCAACCACUUCGACUACUACACUACCCUGCCUCCACCGAUUGCCGUGAAGGCCACAGCGACCACUGGACUGCAUCAGGCACGUCUCACACGACCCGAGGUAUUGGUUCAACCGGAGAAGACCAUGUCAGCGGCUAUGGAAUAUACACCUUCGGCGAAAGAGGUCGUCUCACCGACGGAUAGUGAAGGGUUCGGCUUCCUCUCAAAUCUCGCCUUCUGGUCCUGGGGCAAAAAUGAGGAAGCAUCGAAAGAUCGGGAAGUAGUAAGUCCAGUCCCUUCUGCGAACGGUUUUCCUUCCGCUUCGGCCUCCGUCACCUCCUUCAGCCAGAUGGUCGCCGGAUCACAGGAAGGUGGCACAGAUGCCGUGCAACUAAUGUGCCGAGGGCUGGCGGAUAGUCCACAGAAUCAUCUCAUUCCCACCACCGAUAGCAGUCAUUCGCUUCAACAAUUCUCCGACAUUUUCGAUUGGUUUCGCUCCAACCUUUCUCUGAUUGCUAUCAUCUGUUUCAACUUCUUCCUUCUCCACGUCUUCUUCGCGCAUAUGAGUCAGAGCGAGGAAAAUGGUGCCUAA